AUGGAUUCUUCUGAAGCUCACCCAUUGACGGCUUCCGUUCUCUCCUCAUUCGGACCCAACAGCUCGCCCAGGGCUCGGGAAAUCCUGACAGGGUUAAUACGGUAUCUUCAUGCAUUCUGUCGCGAUGUCAACCUCACGACAGAGGAGCUUUACAUUGCCAUUGAAGCGCUGAAUCGAUCCGGUCAGGUGAGUAACCAUGAACGCAAUGAGACUCUGUUGAUCUCGGACUGCUUGGACGUGGAGGCGCUGGUUGAUGCUCAGACACAAAACAUGUUGGAGAAAGACAAUAGCACCGACUCUUGCAUUCUUGACCCUUUAUAUACGGCCAAUCCCCCACGCUAUGAGAAUGGGGACAGUAUUAUCCAGAAGUACUUAGGGGGCGAAGUGACAUUCUUCCACGGCCGAAUUCUGGAUGCUGAUACCAAUUUGCCCGUUGCAGGGGCUUCUCUGAACGUAUGGGAGUGCGCGGUCAACGGGUUGUAUGACCAACAAGACCCGGAUCAGCCGUCGGGGAACAUGCGCGACCUUUUCAUAUCUGAUUCAAACGGCCAAUACGCAUUUUACUGCAUCAAGCCGGUUCCCUAUCCCGUUCCCUAUGACGGACCCGCCGGCGAUAUUCUCAAACUGAUGGAUCGCCACCCUUACCGAGCUGGCCACAUUCACUUCAUGGUCACAAGCGACUCUUACAAUCGCUUGAUCACACAAGUAUUUCCCGAUGAUGACACUUAUCUCGACUCCGACUCGGUAUAUGCAGUCAAGUCGGAUUUGCUCCUUCAAUUCAAGCCUUAUACCUCUGACUCACCGCGAGGUAGGGAGGGCAAAGAAGCGAAUGUGCAAUGGGAAGUCAGUUGGGAUUUCAGAAUCAAGAAGCAAACGGUGUGA